AAGUGAAUUUUAGCAAUCAAGAGCCCGCCGGGGCGGAUUAUCGAUCCCUGCCAAAAUGCGUCUCUUGUUCCUCCUCGGCAUUUAGGUUCAUCACUUCUCCGGCGCCAAGAGAUUGCAUUGCAGGGUGUCGAUCGGCUCCGCGGCAGCAGCGGCAGCGGCAGCAGCGCGAUCGAUCGAUCGAUCUUUCCCCCGCUCCUGGUUUCUUGGAAUAUUUUGGAGGAUCGGAUCCAGCUCGCUCUCAUCCAAGGACGGAUUUCUGCUGCGGUGGAGCUUUCAUGGGCAUAAUAUCGGCCUGGCGUGGGGCGCGGCGUCGGAAUUGACACGGAUCGGUGUUGUGCUUGCUAAUGUUCCAGUUUUUGCGUGCUCCAGUCUGAUCACUGAUGGCGAUGGCUGCCGGCGCUGGCGCUGGCGCUGGCGCUGCUCCAACUGGGGAACUGGGAGGUGCUGCGCUUGAAUAAUUUUGGUUUGAAAUCGAUUGCCCCCAGUUCUUGGCAGCCUUCUGGGUCGCGCUAGGGACAAGAGGUGAGAGAGAGGUGGGGGUCUUUCUUUUCCAGCGAUUUGGAGCAGUGAAUGGGAGGGAAGUGACUCAACAGCCGCUGCUUGCCUUUUUUGAGGGGCCGCACAGCAGCACAACACAGGAAUGCAGGUUCUUGGCAGCGGCAGUGGAGGGGUUUUGCCGCCUUGAUUGAGGGACAGGGGUUUAGCCAAGAGGAAAGGGAUAUAUUUUCUGGACUUUUGCCAGGGAAGGGAGGUGUAAACGCAGGGCUCGCUAUGGUGGCUUGGAAAGGAGGAGCUAGCUUGUAGAGGGCGGCUGCGAAUUUCUACGCCGGGAUGUUAGCAGUGUGGGCUCGGGGGAACCAAUGCAGGGGCGUACAAUGACCGAGCGUCAUUCGGUCUGAUCUCUGUGGAAGUGUAGCAGCUAGCCUCGAGCUCUCGCGCUCCUUCUCGCUCGAGGUUCUCAAGCUAUUUGAUAUGGCUCUACGUUCGUUCUUUCUGCUUGUGGGCUUGCUGCUUUUCUGGGCUGGUGUAGCUCAGGAGGCUGCUGCGCUCUCCAACGACGGCGCGGUUUUGCUCGAGAUCAAGAAGUCGUUCAGUAAUGCCGGCAAUGCUCUUUACGAUUGGGAUGGUUCCGCUGAUCACGAUCCUUGCUUUUGGAGGGGAGUUACAUGUGACAACGUGACACUUUCCGUUACUGGACUGAAUCUCACCCAGUUGAGCCUCUCCGGAGUGAUAUCUCCAUCGGUAGGAAAGUUGAAAAGUCUUCAGUAUCUGGAUUUGCGAGAGAACAGCAUUGGUGGUCAGAUUCCUGAUGAAAUAGGCGACUGUGCUGUUCUAAAAUACAUAGAUUUAUCCUUCAAUGCAUUGGUCGGAGACAUCCCCUUUUCAGUAUCGCAGCUCAAACAGCUUGAAACUCUGAUUCUCAAAAGCAAUCAGCUCACGGGACCCAUUCCAUCGACCCUCUCUCAGCUGCCGAAUCUGAAGACGCUGGAUCUUGCUCAAAAUCAGCUCACUGGAGAGAUACCCACGCUCUUGUAUUGGAGCGAGGUUUUACAGUACCUGGGGCUCAGAGACAAUUCUCUCAGCGGAACGCUGUCUUCUGAUAUGUGCCGUUUGACCGGGCUUUGGUACUUUGAUGUGCGCAGCAACAAUAUCUCUGGGAUUAUUCCUGAUAACAUAGGCAACUGCACAAGUUUUGAAAUCUUAGAUCUAGCAUAUAAUCGCCUGAAUGGAGAAAUACCAUACAACAUUGGCUUUUUGCAAGUGGCCACCCUAUCACUUCAAGGCAACCAGUUUUCAGGAAAAAUACCUGAAGUGAUUGGGCUUAUGCAGGCCCUUGCGGUAUUGGAUUUGAGCGAUAAUCGUCUAGUUGGUGACAUACCCGCUCUUUUGGGAAAUUUGACGUAUACGGGUAAAUUGUAUUUGCACGGUAACUUACUUACCGGAACUAUUCCUCCCGAGCUUGGUAACAUGACGAAGUUAAGCUACUUGCAACUCAAUGAUAAUCAACUGACUGGAGAAAUUCCAUCUGAGCUUGGAUCUUUAAGCGAGCUAUUUGAGUUGAACCUGGCUAACAAUCAGCUGUAUGGGCGUAUUCCUGAAAACAUAAGCUCUUGCAAUGCUCUGAACUAUCUCAAUGUGCACGGAAACCGUCUAAAUGGGAGCAUUCCACCGCAACUGAAGAAGCUUGAUAGCCUGACCUAUCUGAAUUUAUCGUCAAAUCUCUUCAGCGGCAGUAUUCCUGACGACUUUGGUCACAUAGUAAAUCUGGAUACUUUGGACGUGUCUGAUAACUAUAUCAGUGGUUCCAUUCCAAGCUCUGUUGGUGACCUAGAACAUCUAUUGACAUUGAUUUUGCGCAAUAACGAUAUUUCAGGAAAGAUCCCAUCGGAGUUUGGAAAUUUACGGAGUAUUGACUUGCUGGAUCUUUCGCAAAAUAAGCUUUCAGGGAACAUACCCCCAGAGUUAGGCCAGUUACAGACAUUAAAUACUCUGUUUCUGCAACACAACAAGUUAUCAGGUGCUAUUCCAGUUCAACUUACGAAUUGUUUUAGUCUCAACAUCCUGAAUGUUUCGUAUAACAACCUCUCUGGAGAGGUACCGUCGGGCACAAUAUUUUCAAAAUUCACGCCCGACAGUUACAUUGGUAACUCACAACUAUGCGGAACUUCCACUAAAACUGUCUGCGGUUAUCGCUCUAAGCAGUCCAAUACUAUUGGAGCAACGGCAAUCAUGGGUAUAGCAAUAGCUGCAAUCUGUUUGGUUCUUCUACUGGUUUUCUUGGGCAUAAGAUUGAAUCAUUCUAAACCGUUCGCCAAGGGUUCAAGCAAAACUGGCCAAGGUCCGCCCAACCUUGUUGUUCUUCACAUGGACAUGGCGUGCCACAGCUACGAUGAUGUUAUGAGGAUCACAGACAAUCUUAACGAACGCUUCAUAAUUGGCCGCGGAGCUUCUAGUACUGUUUACAAAUGCUCGCUCAAGAAUGGAAAGACAGUUGCCAUCAAGAAGCUGUACAACCACUUCCCUCAAAACAUUCACGAGUUUGAAACGGAGCUGGAAACUCUGGGCCAUAUCAAGCACCGGAACCUUGUUGGCUUACACGGAUACUCGUUGUCACCGGCAGGCAACCUUUUGUUUUAUGACUAUUUGGAAAACGGAAGUUUGUGGGACGUCUUGCACGGACCAGUGAGAAAAGUAAAGCUGGACUGGGAUACACGUCUUAAAAUUGCUCUGGGAGCCGCCCAGGGGCUGGCAUAUCUUCACCACGAUUGCAGUCCGCGGAUCAUUCACCGGGACGUCAAGUCCUCAAACAUCUUGCUGGACGAGAACUUCGACGCGCACAUAUCAGACUUUGGAAUCGCCAAGAGCAUAUGUCCGACGAAGACGCACACAUCGACUUUUGUCCUGGGAACCAUAGGGUAUAUCGACCCCGAGUACGCGCGCACGUCGAGGCUAAACGAGAAGUCGGACGUGUAUAGCUAUGGCAUCGUCCUCCUGGAGCUCAUCACCGGAUUAAAAGCCGUAGACGACGAAAGGAACUUGCAUCAAUGGGUAUUGAGUCACGUAAACAACAACACCGUCAUGGAAGUGAUCGACGCCGAGAUCAAAGACACUUGCCAAGACAUUGGCACCGUCCAAAAGAUGAUCCGGCUGGCUCUACUCUGCGCUCAAAAGCAAGCGGCCCAGCGACCGGCAAUGCACGACGUCGCAAACGUUCUCUUCUCGCUCUCGCCAGUGCCGGCACUCUCCAAGAAAUCGGUCUCGUCGAAUCCAAACCAGCGGCGCUACAUUGACGACUAUGCCGAGAGCAAGCACGCGGACAAUCUCUCGGCCAGCAGCACGAACUCCGGUGGCCAUCUCUUCAUGAAAUUCGGUGAAGUUAUCUCCCAGGAUUGAGGAAGAACACCACCACUCUCGGGAUCUCCCAGGAUUGAGGACGAACACCACCACUCUCGGGGAGGAAGCGCGUAUAUAUAAUUGAUUCGCUGUGUAGCAGUUUUGUUGCUAUAGGGAGUUUUUUAACAAAGACAAGAACUUGUAAGUACAAA